CACACACACACUACUCCACCACCACAACGGCUCUCAGGUUCCCUCGCUUUGACAGACGUCAUAUGGCUUUUAGUUGCGAAACCAAUCCAUCGCCUGUUAGUUAUUAAAUGACAUUUUACAAUCAUUGAAUCUGGUAUUGAAGGUGAUUUAUGGAGUCACCGCAGGAUCCGGCGAACGACCCGGGAACGCGCAGCUGUGAGCCCACUACGCCAGGCAUGGACACGCCGGGGAGCCUAGAUCCCCGGAACAAGCAAGACCGUAACGCUGGAGCUAUCAAAAGACCCAACUGUUCCCCUGCCAGCAAAGGCGCCUCAGCAGCUGGGAAGAAGACCCAUUCAUCUCAGAUUGAAAUAAUCCCCUGUAAGAUCUGUGGAGACAAAUCUUCAGGAAUCCACUAUGGCGUGAUCACCUGUGAGGGUUGUAAAGGGUUCUUCCGGCGGAGCCAGCAGAGCAACGCCGCGUACUCCUGCCCCCGUCAGAAGAACUGCGUGAUCGACCGGACGAGUCGCAACCGCUGCCAACACUGUCGCCUGCAGAAGUGCCUCACGGUGGGCAUGUCCAGAGACGCGGUGAAGUUUGGCCGCAUGUCCAAGAAGCAGAGGGACAGUUUGUACGCGGAGGUGCAGAAGCACCGCCUGCAGCAGCAGCAGCAGCAGCAGCAGCAGCAGCAGCAGCAGCAGCAGCAGCAGCAGCAGGGCCAAGCCGCAUCCAACCCCCUCCUGCACCACUCCCACCCCAGCCUGAGCAGCCAGAUGCUGGGUGAGGCCGACGCCCUGUCGCCCCACUACAGCCUGUCCUCCACGGGGCUCAGCGAGCUGCCGGACGAGCUGGGGGGAUACAUGGACCAGCAGUCCCCCGAGGGCGGGUCGGCCAAGACGGACUCCAGUGGAGGAGGGGGCGCUGAAGGCUUCUACCUGAACAUCCAGCCGUCCCCAGACCAGUCUGGGCUUGACAUCGACGGGAUCAAACCAGAGCCGCUGUGCGACUUGGGUUCGGGCAACGGCUUCUACCCCUACUGCUCCUUCAGCAGCGGGGACAUGUCCCCCACCGUGUCCAUGGACGAGCUGGAACACCUUGCCCAGAACAUCUCCAAAUCCCACAUGGAGACAUGUCAAUACCUACAGGAGGAGCUGCAGCAGAGCACCUGGCAGACCUUCCUGCAGGACGAGGUGGAGUGUUACCAGAGCAAGCCAAAGGAGGUGAUGUGGCAGCUGUGUGCCGUGAAGAUCACAGAGGCCAUCCAGUACGUGGUGGAGUUUGCCAAACGAAUCGACGGCUUCAUGGAGCUCUGCCAGAACGACCAGAUUGUGCUGCUAAAAGCCGGCUCUCUAGAGGUGGUUUUCAUCAGAAUGUGCCGGGCAUUCGACACGCAGAACAACACCGUCUACUUUGAUGGGAAAUACGCCGGCCCAGAGGUCUUCAAAGUAUUAGGUUGUGAUGACUUGAUCACAUCAGCAUACGACUUUGCCAAGAGCAUGUGUUCUCUGCAUUUGUCUGAAGACGAGCUCGCCCUCUUCUCUGCGUUCAUCCUGCUGUCUUCAGACCGCUCGUGGUUGCAGGAGAAGUCGAAGGUGGAGAAGCUGCAGCAGAAGACCCAGCUGGCUCUACAGCACAUGCUGCAGAAACACCAGAGGGGAGAGGAAAUCCUCACCAAGUUGAUCUGCAAGGUGUCCACGUUGCGGGGGCUGUGCAGCCGGCACACAGAGACGCUGUCGGCCUUCCGGGCCGUCUACCCGGACAUCGUCAGGGCCCACUUCCCCCCGCUCUACAAGGAGUUGUUUGGCUCAGACUUUGAGGUCCUGCCAGCGGACAGCAGCUAGACCUGCUCCCUAACCGUUUCCCACGCCGCACUCUGAGGUGGACCUUUGGCCGGGUUGCGAUCGGCCCUCUGUUAGGGGGCACUCUCUACGGCACUCGGUUGAGACACAGCCCUGCAGUGUUAUUGGGACACGGCCUACAGUAGGGACAUCAGCCUGCAUAGGGGGGACGGGGGGACGGAAAGGCUCCAAACCCUAGUUGGGGGUUUGUUCAUCCCGCAUCAACUCCACGUUGUCGUCCCUCCCACCAUGCCUGGGGAGAAGUGGAUCAGACCGGAUCGGACCGCUUGAUCAGACCGGAUCAGAAGGUCUUGAGGUGUCCACGUUUCUAAACAAAUCGAUUUUAGGAACACCCACAGUUCUUAACUCACAAGAAUGAACAUACAACUAUGGAAGCAUCAUUGCAUCUUAUCUUACAUCUCUUCCCUUACAACACUUUGACUCAUCCAUACCCAGCCAGCAUUUAUCUUAUGUAGAAACACUAAUGCAUACACACACACACACACACACACACACACACACACACACACACACACACACACACACACACACACACACACACACACACACACACACACACACACACACACACACACACACACACACAGGUAGAGGGAGUGUGAGAGACAAAAGUACAUAGAUCUUGUGGAAUCAUAGUAUAACUCACUCACACACUCUCACACACACACUUUCUUAUUAUAAAUGAUGUUCUGUACCCUUUAAAUCUAGCCUGGCUCCGCCCGGCUAAGUACUUCCGCUCAAUUUGAAUUUCCCUUCAGUACUAGGUCUGGGUCUGCGGUAUGUUAGUGGGUUUUCUCUAUCUACAUUUUCUGCGUCCAAUCAGCGAACAGAGGGAGUGGCUGAGAACAAUGACGUUAAAGUCAGCUCUUGUUUACGGACGUCUUCAUGCACAGUGUUUGUUUUGUUUACAGCCUGCGCGCAACGUGAUUCCUGGCCAAACGUGAGCGAUUGGUUACGGCAGAUCCAGGGUGGCACUCGGCAGAUCCAAUAGUUUUAAACCUCAACAGUCACCCGGCUUCAAGUGAGUUAACGUUUGUCAAUUGAGUAGGUCCAGACUCAUUGUACAAAUGAAAUGAAGUACGAAAGUCUGGUAGGACCAGGCUACUUUCAAUCCAGUCAUUGGUCAAAUUUCUCCAAACGUCUCAGGCAUUUAAGGACAAAGGUCAAAUCAAACAAAAUAUUAAAAAAUGAUUUUUUUUGUGGCCUUUAAAAAGGCAUUCUCUCUUUUGUAUUAUUACGUUAUUAUUUCGUAAUACGGUCUCUGUAGAUGAUAAAUGCUCAAAAACAGAAGCAAAGGUUAAGUCAACUUUUUGCGGAGCUCCAGAGAGAUCAAGCUGUUGGAGAACAGAGGAAAGCCAAGCUGUAGUAUAGAACAGGGUCUUGUAUAAUAAUGAAAUGCAUGUUAAACCAAAUGCACAAUGAAAGUAGACGAUGAAAUGAAAAGUUAUAUUCUUAAGUGAGACACACAUUUUUUGGAAAAUGAAAAGCAAUAAAAAAGGAAGUACUUCAUUCUGAAAGAUUAAAUUAUAGUUGUAUUCCUUUUGUGGCACCUCUUACAAUUUGCAUUUAUAUCAUAUUAAAAAAAAUCUGUGAUGUUAUUUUGGAAGGUAACUUUUCUAAUUGAACAUUUUCGGUUGCAGACGGACAAUCAAUAUGCAUGGGAAUAGCCCUAAUCCCAAAAUCCUUAAGUGGACAAGAUCGAAUCUAAAGACCGAGGUUCGAGCUACAUGUAAGCAUUGCUAUGUUCAGCAUAGGGUAUUUUCAUGCCUCUCUUCACAAAACGAGCGGUGCCAUGUUCAAUUAUUUUUUUAAACAACCUGUUUAGAGGAUGCUUCCUAAUCAAGGGGCUAAUUCAGCACUUUCCAUCGAUCUCAAGUCACAGUAUGUUGGCGCAGUAUCGAACAUUUGAAUUAACACCACCAGAUACUGAAAUCGUCUGUUCUGAAGAUUUCCAUUAAAAGAAGUGUGUUAAAUAUUAUUUCAACAUGGCUUCAAUCCCUUGUAACUACCAUCGAGCAGCAUCCUAGCAGCACCAUUAAUAAUUUGCACUAAAGACAGCCAUCGCUUGAAACGGGUCUGCACUUAUGCAUCUGUGCUGGUUAAGGACAUAUUUAUUCCGCAAUGGACCAGACACACACUUGAAGCAAUAAAAGAGACAGACAUGCCACAAUAAGUACGACACCUUUUUAUAUGACUCCAUGGCACGCUCUAGUGGUUAUAAAAGUGAAGCGCAGCAUAUCGUGUCUAGUCGACAACUUAUGAAUCCAAAUUGACAACAGGGUCAGAUACCUAUGUGCUUUUAGUCAGUGUUUGCUGUAUUGUGUCCCAUUAUGCCUAUUUAUACAGAUAUAAUGCUACGGGUACAGUGUAUGUGUGUGUGUGCGUGUCUGUUUCUCGCUACACUCAAACCACACACACACACAAACACACACACACAAGUUUAAGGUUUAUUUUAUAAGAAUUCAAACAUCUCACAUGUGCCAACAAGAUUAAACGCAAAGAGGAAAGGUCUCUGUGAAUGUUGCAUUUAAAUUUACAUUGUGUGUGUGCGUGUGUGCGUGUGUGUGUGUGUGUGUGUGUGUGUGUGUGUGUGUGUGUGUGUGUGUUAUAUCAAUACAGUUUCUCUUUCCUGCUUGUAGUUACGUGGCGCAAGCAUUAGAUGGUUCAUUAACAUAAUAAUGUAAUAUUGUAAAAUAUUAUUUGCUUUAAUGAUACACUUGGAAACGCUGGUGAUGCAGUUGACAAAGUUUUCGGCAUGUUCAAUGUCUCGUCAACAAGACAGAAUUAUGUAUUUUCCCAUGAGUCUUUCUCUUAUUUCAACAGAACAUGCACAUCACCUUUGGUUGUCUAUGCAAUACCUUUUCAUCAUGUAGUAUACUUACAAUCUGUGUAUAUGUGUGCCAAUUGUAUGUGUGUGGGUGUGUGUGGGUGGGUGUGUGUGUGUGUGUGUGUGUGUGUGUGUGUGUGUGUGUGUGUGUGUGUGUAUGUGUGUGUGAGAGUGUGUGAGAGAGAGAGUAAUUAACACUGAUCAACCAACUUCAUCCUUUUACUCAGGGAAAAACACAUACCUUUUGUUUAGUCUGUUUACACUAUUCAACAAUCCUGAUUAAUGAAUAAUUUGCCAAAUUUUGCAUUUGUUAGUUUUUCUAUGUGUAUCAAGUGGAAGACAUGGACUACAUUCCAUAUUCACAACCUGGUCAGAAUCUAUUAAAACCAUUCACAUGCUUCAAGAACCAAACCCAGUUGGAACUUUUAGAACCACCUAUUCAGUGAAUCAUUCAACAGUUCUACUUUGUGGUCAAUAGUUACACCCAUUAGCUGACGGUCACUUUUAGUGUAAAUGAGUGGACAAACAUGUUGACUGUGUGUGUGUGUUUGUGUGUCUGUGUGCCAGUGUGUGUGUUUGUGUGUGUGCGCUAUCCAUUGUAUUCUUGUAGACAAACUGAGACCAAACUGUUGAGAAACUUUUUUUUGUAAAACAGCCAUUUUUUAUUUAAUUUUGCCCCUAUUGCAUUAUAUUAACACGUUUUCUUGUUUACUUCCCCGCGUGAAUUCUGAUAAAAAAAGACAAUGUUGUGAACAUGACAUACUGUAUAUAGAGGGGUUGAGAUGACCUCUUACUGUAUAUAUACAGUAAGCAACACCAUAUGACAUGCAUUCUUACCAGUGGUAAGAUCAUUAGGGCCAGCCAAGAGAAAGAGAACCAUUUCUUCUAAUGCCUCCUCACGAUCGAAAGCAGAGUAGUGAAAAUAUUUAUGACAAAUAAUGAAAGUAACUGAGCCAUAAUUGAAUGUGAAGCAAUAAUGUCAAUGUUGAAUUUGUCAUGAUUAAUUUUUAUUUAUAGUUUGAAAUGUGGCAUGACAUGACGUACUGUACGGUACUUCUAUAGAUGCCUAAAUUACUGAAUCUGUUCAUUUGAUAUGCACCAUAAUGUACACUAUAUGUUAGAUAUGAACUGCUCUCUUUUAGAUGUAGAUAAAUAGAGUAUGUGUUUGGUGCUAGGUUACAAUUUUUUUUCAUCAACUCUGACACGCUUCUUGCUUUGCGGCUAUUAUUACUUGCGUAUAAGGAUGAGAAAAAUCAUUGUAUGAAGAGCAUAUUACCCAGCAUGCACCUGUAUCAGCGUACCAUGUUUGGGGCUAUUCUUCUCUGUUAUUUGGGUUUGUUAGUGAUAAGUAGUUCUUAUUUGGAUACAAACUAGAGCUGUUGAUUUCCGAUGUCCAAUUAAAUAAUGGUAAAAACAGAUGAAUGUUUCUUUUGGUUUUGGAUUGUUUUCUUAUAGUAUUAUUGAUUUAUCAACAUGGCAAUGAGUAGAAGACAGUUGUGGUUGUAGUGUCAAAAAUAUAUCCCAUAAAAGAUGCAAUAUAGUUUUUGAUGUUGCUAUCGGAUCUGAAAGAAUCACCAGAAUUAAUACCAGUCAAAAUAACAACCCGAUCACAUUAAAGACAUUUGGGUGGCAAAGUCAACCAUUAUCUUGAAAAAUAACAGCCCCGCCCCCUUUAUUGUACAUACAAUAAAGUUGUAUUUUGGAAGGAAGCAACAGUGGCCAAGGACUACAUUUGUUAGCCUUUUAGGAAUAUCUAUAUAUGUUUGCGUUUCAUUUUAAAUAUUCUGAUUAUCUGUGGAUUUUUACCCAAAUGAAGAAUACAAUUUUCUGUUGGUCAGCUCAAAAACAUGAAGAAACAUACCAACUUUGUUUGAUAUUGUUUAAUAUUAUUAUCUGUUUCUAAAUGGUCAGAACACCUGGAGGCUCAGAUGAGGUCACUGGGGAGACACACGCUUUCUGUGUAACAGAAGUCAUCUGUCUUGGUUUAUCCCUUUCACUCUGAACUCUAUAGGUGAUAAACACUUGAUUGUCACAAAGUUCUUUGAUUUGUGACAUUCAAACAGUGUGUCUUAUUUCUAACAAAAGAAAAUAAUUAUUUAUGUUGUUCAUACAGCAGCUUACCUGCUCUUUGUGCAAACUGAAAUGCAAAUUAUAGUAUUUUGAAUCCUUUGUGUAUAUGUAAAGAAGAAUUACAAAUGUAUUGUUGUCUUUUAGAACUUUUCAUCCUACUCUGGAUAUUGUAUUAUGUUCAAUGAAGCCCCUUUAUUCAGAGGUGCACCUGACACAUCUAUUUUUGAUGUGUGAAAUAUAUUGCUAUCCCAUAAUAAAAAAGACGGCCUAUAA